AUGGAGACUACUGUUGCUGAAGCAAUAAAUAAACAUAUGAACAUCACUGUAACCGAAGAACAUUUGAUAUCAGAAUUCGUCAACUAUUUUUUACGUACGUAUGCAUACUUGAUUAUCGGCGUAUUGCUCGUAGUGGUCAAUAUCCCUAUCUCUCUAAUUGUGAUAACAAAUAAAGCACUCAGGAGCUCUUACUUAGUUCUUGCGGUUAUUUUCCUUAACAGUGGAUUUAUGGGGAUCAGUUCGAUAUUACUUGGAGUGAAACGAUUAAUUGAUACUGUUGAUGGAGAGCGAUGUAUCGAUCAUCACAAAUGCGUCCUCAAU